CAAAAUCCUAUGCAUUUGUUUAUAUACUUUAUUAUAAGUUGAUGCAUCAAAACAAAAUUUGGUCAUAUUAUUGAAACGACAAUUGGGCUUCACUUGAUCGCGAAAAGAUAGGAUGUUCUUCCGCAGUUGUUUUUUUUCGCAGGAACAGUUAUACUCAUGUCUACCUAGAUCGCUCAGUGGUAAAGGCUUGCUAGAAAUUUAGGAAGUUUUCAAUCACUUGACGUGUACAAUGAUUUUUUCCGUGUUUACUGGAAGUAAAGAUGGAUCCUUCUGAGAAGUGAUGAGUCAAAACUGAAGUUCCUUUACUGGAUGAGAUGAAGGAUUCUUGAAGAACAAGUAAGAGUGAUAAUGAAGCCCUUGAUGCUGAUGAUUACAUUGAAGCAGAGCUAUAAAAAAUAAACAAUAUGACCCUGAAGGAAGCUGAUGCAGCUAAAGAUGAAGCGCAUGAAAAUUCUCAUGUGGCAGUGCGCAAGGCACAAGAAAAAGCAGCAAGUCACAGUCGAGCCAUAGAAGAAGCCCACAACAAGUAUCCCAAGACUGAUGUGCAGAUACAAAUUUUGCUAGGAUGAACCGUUUGAUGAAAGGCAACUUCACCUAGCCUCACAUGGCCAUUUUCUGGGUAAUGGUUAGUAGGUUGUUUAGAAGGAUAGUUGCUAGCAGGCUUGUCUCUUCGCUAACCUUCUAAACAACCCUUUCGCAAAGAUGGAAAUUGAAAUACUGGCAUAUGAAUAAUGGAGCCAUAAAAAAUAAACAAUAUGACCCUAAAGGAAGCUGAUGCAGCUGAAGAUGAAGCAGAUGAAAAUUCUCAUGUGGCAGUGCGCAAGGCACAAGGAAAAGCAGCAAGUCACAGUCGAGCCAUAGAAGAAGCCCACAACAAGUAUCCCAAGACUGCAGAAACAAAGAUAUGUAGUCACCAAACUCCAGAGGAAGCUGCUAAGGAUGCAUUUUAAGGCUUAUUGGAGCUAUAUCCAAGACUUAUAAAAAUUGUCCCAUGACCGAGCAAAAUAAAUGUGAAUCCGUCUGUAAUGAUACUUUCGCUCAGUUUCCCGGACUCUUCGAUUUGGCUUGACUGGACAAGACAUGGGUGUGGGUACCGGAGACGACUUAAGUGCAAAAUGAUGAUAUAAAAUGCCUUAUAACAACUUGUUCGUAAAGAGCAAGGUCCAAUAUAUGACUCUUUUUUUUAUGUUAUCCUUGACUUUAUGACACAAAUAUGACGCAUGUAAUCACAUGCAUAACUUUAAUUGGUAGAAGACAUUAGUCAUACAUACCUUCUAAGAUGUAAAAUGGAUUAAAUGAACUAGUUAACUUUUGGGCACACAUGUUAAAGUGCUUUGACCAAGAAAAUUAAAUAAAUAAUUUACGGAGCUACAUGGUCAAUGCUCUUUAGAUUGUGUGCUGAAAUUCAACUGCCUCAUAUAAUUAGAUCUAAUUUGGGAUGGAGCUGUGGAGGGAGUAUUUUUGUAGGCCCUAAUAAUAUCAUUUUAGAGGGGCUUUAUUGUAUCCAUAAAUUUAAGGUCUUGUGACAUAUGAGUGUACAUCUUGAUGUUUGGAUUGAAGUGGAAUAAUAACAUGACAUGUUCUAUAAAGUUUUACUGAGCAUGUUUUAUAUUUGCGUGGGUGGGAUUCAAGGAAGUUAAGAUGUAAAUAGGAGUUCGUCAAGCUAAAAUAUUCUGUUUAAGAUUUUCAACGUGAGACUACUUCGAGUUACAACUUACAAUCUUUCCCUUUGUAAAGUUUAUGAUUUUUACUUUGAACUAAAGCAAUUGGUAAUGGGACUUCCAAAACUUUAGUGGACAAUGGGAGAGAAUAUGCCUAUAUAUAUAGAUGCACAGUAACGAGAGACCCAGAAACUUUUCUUUUAAAUUUGAGAUAAACGUGAACCUCCUUAUAUGGGAUCACGACAUAGUAUUGUGUAAGCAUUUAUUUUUGUGGUUUACAAAGCACAACAUUGUGCUAAAGUAUAAAAUAUUCCAAAAAAAAUUAUCUAGCUGACUCGUCUCUUAUGGUUGUGUCAUGCAAAAAAUUUGUCACUACUUUUGUCAUGUAACCUUUACCACGCAGGUUGAUUAAAAACCUUGAAGAGUGUUCUAUCCACCUAUCCAAGAUGUUGGAUCUGCUGAUUUUUGGCAACUUUUACAAAAUUAAUGCAGUAUUGUUAAAAUUGUGGUGCCAAGCCUCGAACAGUUCUUGGCAGUGUUUUUGACUGGGAUGUUGAAUUUGUGGCGCCAAGUUUCAAACAAGUCCCACCAACGGUUCAGAAAUACAAGUGUCAAGGGAUACAUUCUGUAAAGCAUAUUGAAAAAGGAACUGUGCAAGGCCACUGAACAAAAGUAAUGUUUUCAGGGACUUCACUUGGAUACAUUGUAAUUUUAUGUUAUUCACUCUCAGGCGACAGAGUCAAUUCCGAAUAAGUUGGAUAAGUGACCAGAGAAAGAUCACCAAAGUGAGACCGGAGAGAGAGAGAGAAAAAGACGAACAAGCGUUCUUGAGCUGGAUACGUUGGGAUUCGAGCUUUUUUCUGUUUCUGCGUCACUUUUCUUCACUUCAUUAGCUGAAAUUAUGAAUCAAAAUGAAGCUCUCGCUGCUGAGGACAACAUCGAAGCAGUUUUGGAGAAUGUGAGGAAUAUGACCUCACAGGAGGCUGAUGCAGCUGUGCACAAAGCACUUGAAAAGUGCUGUGUGGCAGUGCGGGCGGCAGAGAACGCAAGUAACAUGGCAAAAAUGGCUGUAAGUCAUUACCAAGCCUUGAUGGAGUCUCUCAGAAACAAUACAAUGACUGCAGAGUCAGAGAACAUGUACAGUCAUCAAACUUUGUUGGAAGCUGCUGACGAAGCAACUGCAAAGUGUGAUGCUGCAGCGCAGGUGCUACAAGCUUCAUUACCUGUGGCAGUCGAUGCAAAAAGGCUUGUUGAAGCCAUAGAUAAGGCUCGUGGAAAACGUCCGAUGACUGACUGUGAGAGCGGAGGUGCUUCAUCAUCAUAUGGAGGUGCUUCAUCAUCAUAUUGACGGCAUGGACUUUACAAAGCAUCUGCUUUUGUUCUCAUCAUCAUAAGCGUGCCUGUGGCUGUGCCAUGUUCUUAAGAUAUAUGAAUCAGUGACCUGACAUUUGAAGAAUAUAUUUCAGUUUUCUGACCUUUGAGCGUGAAAGAACUGUUAUGCACAUUUUGUCUGGAUGAAUGGGUCAGGUCUAUGUUUAUUUGCGUGUUCAACAUGCAAUUCCUCAGUGUGAGUUUUAGUAAAUUUUUUUAAAAUUAA